AUGCUUGACUUCCUCUUCGGCUCAAAGCCUAAACCGUCGACUACACCCGACAAUGACAAAGACAAGCCAAAACCCUGCUGUGUCUGCAAACCCGAAAAGUCCGCCAGAGACGAGUGUAUGCUCAAAUCUACCACUGAUACUCCCGAGGUAGAAUGCAAGGACCUCAUCAAGACUUAUAAAGCCUGCAUGGAAGGAUUCGGGUUCAAAGUCUAA